UAUGAAAACGAAUGAAACCAUUUCGGUCAUUUAACGAACAUCGACAGGACGGAGGAUUAAUACAUCUCGAUCAUAAUUUGACACUAAAACAAGGAAAAUGUCAAACAGUAUGUUCAAGAUAUUUGUGUAUGGGACUCUGAAGAGAGGCCAGCCCAACAAUAAAAUGAUGGAGGGAAUAUUUGACGGUGAGGUCACGUACCUUGGGAAGGGCGUGACCGGCAAGGAAUACCCUUUGGUGAUAGCGGCUGCCGCGUGGAAUUUACCAUGUAUGUUGGCAGUGGAGGGAACUGGCAAAAAGAUUCAAGGUGAUGUAUUUGAAGUUGACGAGGAAAUGCUUAGCUUCUUGGAUGGGUUUGAAGGGCAUCCAGAUUUUUAUCGACGAAGGCAAAUAAUAAUUCAGCUGAUGAAAGAUCGAAAUGGUCAGAAUCUUGACCCUCCCAAUGUUCUUACCUGUUGGUGUUAUUUCUAUCUCAAGUACGAUCGCUCAUAUCUUACCCUGCCUUUCCUGGACGACUACGAUAGCUGGGGACCUCAUGGACUCGUGUAUGAUGAACGGGAGCUAGAAGAAAACACCAAUGAAGUGAAGGAAACAACAGCCAGCUGACAUGAAAAGGAGAAAACUUUAAAAAAAAAAAAAAAUGAAAUGCAAACUCUCCUUUCCAUGAAGAAUCAGGUGAAACUUUCCUCCAGAAAUUCAACAGAACUUCAGAUAUAGAGAUUUAAUCUUCUCAUUAAAGCAAAACAAACGAUAAUAAUGAUAAAAUUCUGUUUAAUGCAGGAGUUCUUUUUUACGCAGAAUUAGUUUACACUGAUAUUUAUAGAAUGAGAUAUAGAUGAACAUUUAUUCUAUUUUUGACAGCUUAUUUUACAAAUAAAUGUUUUGUUAUAUUUCUGAAGUUCUGGUACACGUACCAUGUUUAACAUAUAGAAGACGACCAUCUUAAAGAUUUAGGACCAGAUAUUUAAUUCUUGACUAACUUUUCAAAUUUUGAAAUAAGAUUUUAACAAUUUACAAAUUUAUUAAGGUUCGUCUUUAAUUUAAAUAUUUAAAAACUUGCAUUUGUACAAUUACAUUUUUCAUCACAAUCAUUAUCAGAUAUGGUGAAUGAGGUAGGAUGAACUCAUUUAAUCAGUAACGUAUGUGAACUAGAUUUGAUGUUUCAACAUUCAUGAAUCAAUGAAAAGUCCAUUAAACAUUACCAUGUAACUCAAUCAUUAACCAUAAAUUGUUGAUAACAGCUGGUUUAUUUGCUUGUCCAUAAUAAUGUUGAGUAAAACAAUUAUAUUUGAUAUUUCUAAUUGUGUGAUGCUUGAAUUAAUUUUAUAAUUUUGUUUAGUGUAAAAUGCACUCCAUUGGUUGUACAUUCAGGAGGUAAGUGAUACCAGGAGGCAGUUAACAAUUUCUUCAGGACUCUUGACUUACUAAAGUGCAGAUGUGAAAUACGUGUAUUUUACUGGUUCCAGUGUAUAUGUGGGUGUCCAUUUGUAUACCGAGGUAAAUAAUCAUGUGAAAUUGUUGGGUAGAGUGCUUAUUCAUGGAUAUGCAUUAUGACAAGUCUUAAAUGACUGAACUGUGUAAUGAAUUAAAGUUAUCUAGCAAUAAGGCCAUGUCUGAUAAUAAACCCAUCCAUUUCUAUUAGUUUUAGAAGAAAUGCCUAUAUGAUAUUAUUGCCUUAAAACUGGUGAGAAACAAGCCGAGGGUGUCUACCUUCUGGACUUGUUGUAGAGUAAAUUAAUUUCCUAUGUUAUGACUGAUGUAUCUGUGAAGUAUGUGAA